GGAUAGCUCCGGCAGGAAACGAUCGAGCCGACGCAUCCCGCUCGGGCUAAAAAGCAUUGGCGGGCGAGCGUUCCACUGGGCGGGGCUUGUUGCCUGGGUGACGCUGGCGGCGGCGGUGGCGGCCUGCGAGCUGGUGUGUUGUGCUGGCAACUUGGAGCCUCGGAGUUGAGGGAUGGUGAUGGCGGCCGCUGAGGAAGGGGACGCGGCGGGGCCUGGCGCGGUGGAGCGAGGCCCCGGAGCGGCUUAUCACAUGUUCGUCCUGAUGGAGGACCUGCUGGAGAAGCUGAAGCUGCUUAACUACGAGGAGGAGGCGGCGCUGAGGAGCCACAACAUGAGGCCGCCCUCCAGGCACUACUUUGCAUUGCCUAUUAACCCUGGUGAGCAGUUCUACAUGUUCUGCACCCUUGCUGCCUGGCUGAUUAAUAAAGCAGGGCAUCCUUUUGAACAACCACAAGAAUACGAUGACCCAAAUGCAACAAUAUCCAGCAUACUCGCCGAGCUUCGGUCAUUUGGGAGAUCUGUGGAUUUUCCUCCUUCAAAGUUGAAGGCAGGUUAUGGAGAGCAAGCAUGCUAUGUUCUUGAUUGUUUAGCAGAAGAAGCCUUGAAAUAUACAUCUUUUGCAUGGAAAAGGCCCAUAUAUCCGACAGAGGAGCUAGAAGAAGAGGCCAUAACUGAAGAUGAUGCUGAACUGACUCUUAAUAAAGUGGAAGAAAUACUUGCAGAAGAAGAGACAGACAACGAAGACAACUACAUUGAUCUGAACGUUUUAAAGGCGCAAACGUACAAAUCAGAUAUGACUGAAUCAAAGCAAGAAGAGAUUUUAGAAUCAACAGUAGAUGCUGCUGAAUGGAACCUUGAGGUGGAACGGGUUCUUCCACAACUGAAAGUUACAAUCAGAACGGACAAUAAGGACUGGCGAAUUCAUGUAGAUCAGAUGCACCAGCACCAAGAUGGAAUUGAGUCGGCUUUAAAAGAUACCAGGGGCUAUCUUGAUAAACUUCAUAACGAAAUCAGCAGGACUCUGGAGAAGGUUAGCAGUCGUGAAAAGUACGUCAACAAUCAACUAGAGCAUUUAGUUCAAGAAUAUCGUUCUGCACAAGCACUUCUGAGUGAGGCCAAGGAGAAAUACCAACAAGGAAGUGGAGGUGUGACAGAGAGGACUAGAAUUCUAUCUGAGAUUACUGAAGAACUGGAGAAAGUGAAACAGGAGAUGGAGGAAAAAGGAAACAGUAUGACUGAUGGAGCUCCUUUAGUAAAGAUUAAACAAGCUUUAACCAGACUGAAGCAAGAAACCAUUCAGAUGGACAUACGGAUUGGUGUAGUGGAACAUACAUUACUUCAAUCAAAACUGAAAGAAAAAUCAAAUAUGACUAGAGAUAUGCAUGCUACUAUAAUUCCAGAUUCCUCCAUUGUUGGUACCUAUUAAAUUUGCUUGGUGCUCUACAUUUUAAUGCUAUGUAAAUUAAAUUUUGUAAAAUAAUAUAUAUACUAUGUACAUUAUGUAUGUCACACAAACAUUGUUAGAGAGCCAUUAUUUCUGCUUACAUACAUGACAUAAUGGUACAUUUAUGUCCAAUAUGAUUUAUUACACACUUUUUUGUAAAAAAAUUUCAUUAUUAAAAUAUUAAUAAGCCUUUUA